AAAUUGUACUCACUAUCUUUAUAGAAACCACUUGCUUUUCAAGCUUGGAUUCCAUAGAAGAGCAAACCUCUCUAGAAAACCGAAACGAAAGCUCAAAACGAAAACCUCUGUUGGGCAAAACACUACCCCGUUAGUCGAGUCGCAAGUUGCAACAAUAAGCAUUCACGUGCAUUCCGAUGUGCGUGUUGACCUCGUCCGAGAAAGAAAAAUGAAGAACUUGCUGCGACGAGGAGUAGUAGAUUGCAGGGCGAAAAGAAGUGGACUUUUCUAUUUUGCACAUGAUGAACUCCGUACAGAACCUAGUCUCUGCAGUCUGCAUCAUCGAAAGCUGCAGAUUGAUCGAGUCAAACCGAUCUGACGGCCCAGAUACUCCAUCUGUCGCGUCGGAGCGCGCCACGCUACAAGCAAAGGAGGAGUACUGCUGUCAAAAAAAAAAAAAAGCGAAGGAGUAGUAGUACAACUGACAGCUUCCUUCCAAUUUCCGUCCCCCGAUUUCCAACCUCUUCGCCAAGUUCACACCGCCUGAUCCUCGCGAUCGCGAGUCGGGACAGCGCGCCAUGGGCCUCAAGCUCCGGCGGCUCGCGGCGACCUUCCUCUCCCCUGUUGGCACCGCCUCCACAACAGCCUCCGCCUCCGACGCUUACCACGCGGUCCUACGAGCCACGGCGCACCACCCGUCCACGGCCCCGCCGUCGGCGCACCACCUGGACGCGCUCCUCGCCUUCGGCCGGGGCUCGCGCCUCUCCGCCGCGGCCCUCGCGUCCGCGCUCACGGACCGCCUGCACGGCCACGGCGACGCCGCCGUGGCCCUGAAGGCCCUGGUUGCGCUGCGGAUCCUGCUCGCCCGCGGCGCCUUCAUCCUCCGCGACCAGAUCCUCGCGGCCCUCGUCCGGCACCCGGCGUCCGGCCGCAACCCGCUAGCGCUCGCCGCCUUCCCGCUCGGCCGGUCCUUCGCGACCGCCUCCUGGGUCCGGUUCUCCGCGCGCCUCCUCGAGGUCCUCCUCCUCCUGCCGGACCCGUCGACGUCCCGCGGCACCGACGCCGAGUACCUCGCCGCACUCCCCAACCCGUGCCUCGUCUCCGAGCUAGCCAGCUUCGCGUCCGUCGUAGCCGCCGUCCGCCAGGCGCCGCCCCCGUCCUGCGCGCCGCAGAGGGACGCCCUCAUCUGGGAAGCCAUCCGGCUCGCCGAGGAGGACCGCGUCGCGGCGGAGCGCAACUUGGCCGCGCGGGUGCGAGAGAUGGGCGAGCGGCUGGACACGCUCGUCCUUGCCGACGCGAUGGAGCUGGUGUGCGUGCUGAAGCGGGUGGAGGAGACCAGCGCGGCGUCGCCGGCGCCGGAGUGGAAGUGGGCCGGGCUGGACGAGUCCGUCGUGGCCGAGGCGCGGCGGCUCCGCGAGCGCGCGGAGGAGGUGCUGCUGCGGUUGACGGAGCGGGAUCGGCGGUUGGUGCGGAGGGAACCCAAGGCGAGCGCGUCCGCGCGCGUCGUCAUGCCUGUCCGCGCCGGACACGGCUACGGCUACGGCGCGGACGUCCGGUUCGGAUCCUCCCGGUGGGCCGGCACGGUUUCUUCUUCGUGGCGAUAGGACUAUAGAAGGCAAAUAGGCAAUGCAUGUGCUUGUUCAGUUGUUUACAAUUUUCACCUUUAAGUACAGUGAUUGUCCUUGGUUCAGUGCUUGUCUUGCACAAUAGAAAACCAAUUCUGAAAACUCUGAACAUUUUUUUGUUGAAGCAGAACAGUAUGAUUUUGUCUGGUUGAUCGAAAAAUCAUUUGAGGUUGUACUAGUCCAUACAAUAUUUUUGUAUGAAAUUAUGUGCAACUACUUGUUGCUUUCAGGAUUAAAAA